UUAAAUAUACUCCAUCGACAAAGGCCAAGUCGAGAUUACGACUCGCAGACGGCUCAGUCGGUAACGAUUGUUGACAAAAACUCUGGAAAUGAAUCAGCUCCAAACGAAAUAUUUCUUACACUAAUAUUCCAUUCUGCAUCUGUUUCGGAGGCGGGGCCCGGGGUAAUUACCCUUUUCAAAGCAAGCGACAGGUGUACCGGUGUAUAAGUGUAAAAACGCCAUGUAUUUACCGUGGCGCUUACAAUACAAAUGCUAUUACCGCCGACUUUCGACUGCCGGUGUUUGAUAAGAAUCGGAUUGUGAUUUCGAAACAGAGUCUGUGUGUGGCUCUGUGCAUCAUAGGUGACUAUAAUAGACCAGUUUAUGGAUAUUAUUGAAGGUUCUAAAUUGGAUUGGAUGUAUGCAAGCACUCGAAUUUUACACCCUAGUAAAUGUGGCUAUUUACGCAGACUGACAAUGAUUUUUGGACAUCUACGUUAGAAAGCACAGAGCCGCUGAAAAUUUUAACGGAUUAUUGACUUCUCUUCUCGCCGACUGCUCCCCGUGCGAAGAGAUGACGUGCUGCGGUGUCCAGACGACUGAUGCUUUCUGCAGUAUACAGCUGCUCAAUGGUUCGGAAGUGAACAUGAAUUUAGAGUAUAAGAUGAGAGGAAGUGAUGUUCUUGAUCGAGUCUUCAAUCACAUGAACCUGCUUGAAACUGAUUUCUUUGGGCUCAGAUUCAUCGAUAAAGACAACCAAACCCAUUGGUUGAAUGCUGAAAAACAAGUACUAAAGCAGUUGAAAAAUGUGAGUCCGAUGACAUUAUACUUUGGGGUCAAGUUUUAUGUGGAGGAUCCUUGUCGGUUGUCCGAGGAAGUGACCAGGUACCAGUUCUUCCUGCAGCUGAAGAUGGACAUGCUCCAGGGAAGACUUCCCUGCAGCUUCAACAUGGCUUCAGAACUCUUCGCCUACGCAGUGCAAUCUGAAUUAGGAGAUUACGACAAAGAGCUCCACCCAGAGGGCUAUGUGUCUGAGUUCCGCUUUGUACCGAAUCAGACGGAAGAACUUGAGAAAGCUAUCUCAGAACACCAUCAGAAACUCAGGGGUCUGCAACCAGCUAAAGCAGAGAUGGGAUUCCUGGACAGGGUGAAGCGGCUAGAGAUGUAUGGUGUGGACCUAUGUCAAGUGAUAGGCAUGGACCAUAUAGAGUACUUCCUAGGAACCACGCCCAAGGGUGUGGUCGUCUACCAUAACAAGAAGAAGGUGGCGUUAUAUAACUGGUCAAAAAUCAAACAAAUGAACUUCAGACUCACGGAGUUCAGGAUCACUGUAGAAGGCAAGGAGUAUUCUUGGACGCUCCCCUCACACUCAUCAUGCAAGCAUCUAUUCCAGUGUUACAUCGAGCAGCAUAUGUUCUUCAGGCUAAGGCCGUCCAUGCUCGAACGCAAUGGGACUCUUACCAAAUCUCUCAAGAGCAACGGUAGCAGAUACAGUUUCAGGACUCAGGAGGAGGCACUUCAGAACUCCAUGAGGCUGAGACGACCAGAGCCCCAGGUCCAGAGGGUUCCCAGCCGGCGCUACCUCAGGAGAGUCUCAGGCAAUGAUGCUGACCAGAGUCUCUAUGUCAACCAUUCUUCCUUGAUGAUGAACGGGUCACCGGGUAUGGACGACGCAGAUGGGACGAUGACGAUGAUGAUGUCGUCCGGGAGGGUCACCAAGUCUGUUGCUCCGGAACCGGUCAGGAGAACACACAAUCAGAUGAGUGGUCGGGAGAGUCCAACCUCUGGUAUCAGUAUCAGGUCUGUGCCUUGGGAUGAUGCUGAUGGAGCUCUAUCAGAUAGGGGUUUGUUUACGCGAAGUGGCGAGUCUCCCGUACACAGACCGAGACGGCCUCACUCCAGAUCCUCAUCACCAGGCACUAGCAGGAGAAGACAUCACCAUGGCGACCGAUCAGGCAGCGAGACGGAAUCCAUCAGCUCCAGAAAGUACAGGUACAGAAGGUCAUUAACAGGGUCAGAGGCUAGUGGGGAUGAAACAAGCCAUCGGAGAAGAAGGAGAAGAAGAAAAUCUCGUGAUAGCAGCGGGAGUGACGGUGAGGGGAGGCAUCGGAGAAGAUCAAGGUCACGUGAUCACAUGGUCGAAUCCGAGUCUCAGUGGAACGCCAUCCAGACGGGAGAGUUAGAACAGAGUCGAGGGGAGGUGAGAGAACCAGGGGAAGCGAUCGUCAAGAAUCUCAAAAACGGGUACAUGUCACCAGAGACUCCUGAGGGAUACAAGUGGUAUAAAGAAAGAAGACAAAUUGAGGACAUAAAGGCUUCUACUGAAUUGCGGAAACACAUCCAGCUAGGUCUUCAAGAGCCUUCUACAGAGUUGGAUCCUUUAGAUAUACCCUACACAAAAGUAGUUACUGAUGAUGGCGUUGCCAUCAGGGUAUCCCAUUCCCCUACCCGUCAGAGGUCACGUCCAUCCAGUAAUGUCUACAGGAGAAGCAGAGGAGACUAUCCCGAUGAAACGGAGAGUAUGCAUUCUGCUCAAGGAAGCGUACGCUCUACGGCCACCCGCAAGACAGAUCCAGGCCCACAUAGAAGCCGGCAGAACAGAUACCCAAUGGCCUUUGACCUUGUUCAAUCUGGAACGGGAGGCGAAGGUCGUCCGACGAGACCGACGUCGACGUAUGAGAGCGACGAUCAGCGUAGUGGCAGGAGAAGACACAAAAGACAACAAGACCAGGCAAAUGCCAAUGGGAGGCCCUCUAGGUCAGAUGCAAAUAGAGGAGGAGGAGAAGAAAGAGAUGAUAUACCAAGUUAUCUUCUCGCUCAGAGAGGCCAGGGGAUGUUCAGUCAUCAACAGCAAUCUGAAGCGGACCAGUACGAUAGUGCAAUAAACCAACAAAAGCCUCCCAUGCCUUAUUCUGAACCACAAACAUCGACAGGGUCAAUGCAGUUUCAUGCUGACCAGCCACACCCAUCAACAUAUGCCCCGCCCCCUGGAUACACGUCUUCCCAUGCUCCUGUUGCCAAUGGCAACCCCAUCAGACCCAACCCUGCAUCUUCCGUAAGACCUGGCGUACAUCACACGAGAGAAGACUCUGGCUUUGAGCAAGAAGAGCCUACUACUUAUAACACAAGGUUGAAGCCAAGACCCGUCCAAACAAACGCCCCUCCACCUCUCAGAAAUAACCCCAGCCAGGUGGGCAACGCCUACCACCAGGGACACGCCCGGCAACCACCGCAUUCUUCCAUUCCGCAGCAUCACCCCGUCUCUAAGCGAGAACAUCCAUCAUCGAACUUUGCUCCUAACUCUGCUCCAAAAAACAACCAUCCCAAAACUUCUAUGCUUCCGCCAUCAUCAUCAUCUUCCUCCUCUACCAAUCAUCAAAACCCCUUCCCUCGCUCCCGUUCCUCGGGCGACAAGCAAAUCUCAUCACAAGGCGACCAAUCCAGGCCUCGUGGAUCGGAUGGGUCUGUCAAACAAUUACAACUUCCUAACGGUGGGCUUGAGCAACGCAGCAGCUAUAACUCUAACAUAAGCACGGGUAGCCACCAACUCCCACUCCGCAACGGACUGCAUCCCGCUGCCGGUGGGCGCCUUCAUUCCGGUGUUGAUAUCCUAGCCGUGAGUGAACUCCUGAACGAACUUGACAAACUCGGCCAAGGAGCAAGGAGCAGCAAUCGAUCGGUCCGAUCUAGUCACAGUCACUAUGAAGGGCGGGGUCCAUCGUCACGGCAACCAGCAGGGACGGAUACCGGGAAGGGUAGCCAUGAGUACCCUCCCAAUUCUCGGAAUAAAGGUCAAGUCAGUGGUGGACAGAAACCGGAUUUCAUCCCUGAUGAUAGGCAUCCUCCACCUGUUGUAGUCAAAGGAGGCGGCGGCAAAAGGAUGAGUAUCACCACUUCCGAGAUACUUCGAGUGAGCCGAUCUGAUGGCCACAAUCGCAAUCUACUGACAGAGCUCUGAUCCGAUGAUGAGUUUUUCUGCGCUAAACUGAGUUUAUAGGACACAUGGCAUGUUAUGUACGGAUCCACACACAAUACUGUAGUCGUGAGGGGCCGACUAG